AUGUCUUCAAAACUCUUAAAAAAUAAUUUUUUUCAGAUUCCUCCACUUAAUAUUUCAACUUUAAAAAUACUAAAAAUUGAAGAAAUGGUUCAAUUAAGGGAAAUACAAGAAAAUUCUUUCACUUUACUUCCAAAUUUGGAAAGUCUUUCACUUGCAAAUUCCAUAUUUCUUUCAAAAAUAGAUCAAAAAGCUUUUGGGAAUUUUUUAGAAAAUAAAUUAGAAACAAAUAUAAAAUAUUUGGAUUUAUCUAAUUGCCAAUUAUCUAAUUUGUCUGUUUUGCUUUUGGACUGGAAGAAAAUUAAAAUGUUGAAAUUGGAAGGUAGAAUCUUUAAAAGAAAUGUCUGA